GCGGCGGCGCCGGGCGCUGCCAUGCGGGCGGGCGGCGCCGGGGCGCGGGGCGGCUGAGGGCGGCGGCGGGGCCGGGCGCGGGAGCCGCCGGGCCGGCGGGGAGAGGCCGCAGGGCAUGCCAGCCGCCUGCCCCGAUGUUUCACUGGAGCAAGUGGAAGAAGAGGAUGGGAGCGAGCGCCUCCUCCUCCAAGAGACCCGUCUUCGACGAGCGGGAGGACGUGAACUUUGACCACUUCCAGAUUCUCCGGGCCAUUGGGAAGGGAAGCUUUGGCAAGGUGUGCAUCGUGCAGAAGAGGGACACGGAGAAGAUGUACGCCAUGAAGUACAUGAACAAGCAGCAGUGCAUCGAGAGGGACGAGGUGCGCAACGUGUUCCGAGAGCUGGAGAUCCUGCAGGAGAUCGAGCACGUGUUCCUGGUGAAUCUCUGGUAUUCCUUCCAGGACGAGGAGGACAUGUUCAUGGUGGUGGACCUGCUCCUGGGAGGCGACCUGCGCUACCACCUGCAGCAGAACGUUCAGUUCACCGAGGAGACAGUCAAGCUGUACAUCUGUGAGAUGGCGCUGGCCCUCGACUACCUGCGCAGCCAGCACAUCAUCCACAGAGAUGUGAAACCAGACAACAUCCUCCUCGAUGAACAAGGUCAUGCCCAUUUAACAGAUUUUAAUAUUGCAACCAUCAUUAGGGACGGUGAAAGAGCGACAGCAUUGGCUGGGACAAAGCCAUACAUGGCCCCGGAGAUCUUCCAUUCCUUCCUGAGCGGCGGGACGGGCUAUUCCUUCGAGGUGGACUGGUGGUCUCUGGGAAUCAUGGCCUACGAGCUGCUGCGGGGCUGGAGGCCGUACGACAUCCACUCCAACAACCCCGUGGAGUCCCUGGUGCAGCUCUUCAGCACCGUCAGCGUCCAGUACUCCUCAGCCUGGUCCAAGGAGAUGGUGGCCCUGCUGCGGAAGCUGCUGACAGUGAACCCCGAGCAUCGCUUCUCCUGCCUGGCGCACAUCCAGGCCUCGGCUCAGCUCUCGGGCGUGGUGUGGAGCGACGUGAGCGAGAAGCGCGUGGAGCCAGCCUUCGUCCCCAACAAGGGCCGCCUGCACUGCGACCCCACCUUCGAGCUGGAGGAGAUGAUUCUGGAGUCACGGCCCCUGCACAAGAAGAAGAAGAGGCUCGCAAAGAACAAGUCAAGGGAUAACAGCAAGGACAGCUCCCAGUCUGAAAAUGACUAUCUCCAGGAAUGCCUUGAAGCUAUCCAGCAGGACUUCGUCAUCUUCAACAGAGAGAAGCUAAAGAAGAGCCAUGAGCAGCCGAGCGAGUCCGUGUCCGCCUCAGAGACCGCCGAGGAGGCCGAGGCCGAGCCCCUGCACAUGUGCAGCUCCGUGUGCUCCUCGGGCAGCAGCUAGGCCGGGGCCAGGCCGCCCGCCCUCACCUGCCCUCAGGUGUGCUGAGCACCCGAGCCCGCCCCGCUGCCGCCGGACAGCACCGGCAGCUCCCCUUGAGAGCUGGAGCAGGCCAGAGUUCCCACAGGACUGCCUUGGGCCAUGGAUGGCCAGCCUGGCUCCCCUUGAGAGCUGGAGCAGGCCAGAGUUCCCACAGGACUGCCUUGGGCCAUGGAUGGCCAGCCUGGCUCCCCUUGAGACCUGGAGCAGGCCAGAGUUCCCACAGGACUGCCUUGGGCCAUGGAUCACCAGCCCAGCUUCCAUGGAGGGCUGGAGCAAGCCAGAGUUCCCACAGGACUGCCCCGGGCCAUGGAUCACCAGCCCAGCUUCCAUGGAGGGCUGGAGCAAGCCAGAGUUCCCACAGGACUGCCUUGGGCCAUGGAUCACCAGCCCAGCUUCCAUGGAGGGCUGGAGCAAGCCAGAGUUCCCACAGGACUGCCCCGGGCCAUGGAUGGCCAGCUGGAUCGCCACCAUGGCUGCCUGUCGGGGGGAGAUACGGCCUAUGCAACUUGUCAGGGGAGGAGAUCAACUUAUUUAUUCUUUCUGUUUUAAUGUCAGGUUGCUGAUCCACAUGUUUUUAAUGCAGUGAGAGGACAGGGAACAAAGCCAUGUCCUUGAAGACACGGAGCAGGGAGACACAGAGCAGGGAGGAAGGCCAAAGAGGUGGUGAGAGCUUGACUUUGGCACUCCCUGUUCACAGCUGCUGCUCUGGGGAUGGACAGUCCCUGCACACACCAGAGCAGCCCCAGGGCCCUCUGGCACCACUCCUGGGAGCCUCCAGCUCCUUGGGUCCUGCAGCACAAGGAUGUCCCAGGCGCCUCCUUGUCCUUGCGUCACCUGUCAGUUCCUUCAGAUUCAAGGCAAAUAAAUGUUUUUUUUUGAGCACUCCAUGGAUUCUUCAGGGGCUGGGUAUUGGUUCAAUAUGUUUUUGAGAUGCAGAAUGCAUUUGAAAUGUUUUCUUCCUUGACAUGGCUGCUGCAGGCAGUGAGGAGCUGUGGGAUGGGUUGGAGGCUCUGGCUCCACAUGCCCAGGUUCAGAGGAACACAGUUUAUCACAGGCUGAGGUUUUGCUGGAGGCAGAGUGGGUGGCCUUGCAAGGCUGCUUGGUUAUGAAAGACAGGAAUAUUGUAUUUCACCCUUUGAUUUACUUUAUUUUCAGUGUAAAGUACAAGUACUGUAUAUAAUUUGCCAAUACCUGUCUUAACUUCUUAUUAAGACGGGAAAUCUUCCCUUGCUCCAGCUGUGGGUGUUGCCUUUCCUGCUGCAGGGGCCUUCACUGAGUUAGUUGUUGAGCCUGCUGCAGAGGGGUUUUUGCACCCCUGGAAUCCAGCAGUGCAUCUCCUGGCAUGUGCUGGGGACGCUGUUGAAGCUGACUCCCUGAGAACAGCACCAGGACACAGAGCUGAGGGGUCACUGUGCUGGGUGGCACAGGCACCGUGGACACACUGAAGUGCUUGGUUGUGGUCGUAAAUAAUAUUUGGGCAUCACCUCACCAGAGCCCACAGGGGACAAGGUUUCACUGUCACCUGUUUGCACUCAGUCCCUGGAGUAGAAACGGCACAAAAAGAGCAAUUGGAAAGGGGAUAAGUGACAGAAACAAGAGUGCCAACAGCUCAGCGUUAUUGUCAGAGCCCCUGUGCAGGGUUUCAGUGCUCUGGGGCCCCCUGCCCCCCCGUGCCCCACUCGGGGCCCCUCUUGUGUCCCCAUUGCUGUGUCCCUGUGAUGAGCCAGUGCCAGCUGAGCCCAGCUCAGUCCUGUUGGCCCUGCACAUCUUUGUGGCUCCUGCCAGGGUGUCCCAUGUCCGGCUCACCCCAUCCUCAGUGCAGUCCUGGGGGUCUGAUCCUCUCUCCUCCCUGUGCCACUCCCCUGGCUGUCCCCUGUCCCUGGCCACUGGCACAGGCUGGGCUGGGCGUGGGGACACAGGGUGGGUGUGGUGCCCGUGUUGGUGCCGCUGUUCUGGCUGAGCCCUGGCUGCUGCUGCUGAGCAAACCUCACAGUGAAGGCGUGACAGAGCCCUGGUCCCACGUCCCAGCCUGGAAGGUGUCACUAACAGCUCUGGGCUGCACCUCCACUACAGCCAGAACACAGGAAUCUUCUGUACAUAAAUAUUUAAAUACCUGUAUUUUUUUGUAUGACAGAUUUAUACAGUGUGUGCCAUUAUCUGCUGUGAAAAGUCUACAGCACCUAUAAAUUAUUCUCCUAUAAUCACUUGCCAUGAGAUUGGUUUCUUAUCUCUGUUGUGUUACAAAGUUUUGCAAAGUUGCAUAUUUUUAAGUGUUUGCAUUGAAUUCCACAGCCUUCACUGGGAAUUUUGAGCAUAAGACAAAUGGCAGGUCAGGUCCUGAUGUUCCUUCUGUUGCCAAUUCUCUUUUACUCCAGAGCUUGCCAAAAACAGUCUAAGAGUAAUAAAAUAAUAACAAAAAUACUACUUAAAUGGACUUGACCCUGGACUGAAAUCCUGCUGCCUUGGGAGGGUAUUUUUAAAAAUUAUUUCAGUGCAGAUAUAUGUAAAUAUAUCUUUGUAUUUUAUGUUCAUACAUUCCUGUAAUUUUCUUGCAUGACAAUUUUACCACCUCACAGAGUAUUUAAGUUAUGACAAGGUUGUGUUUUUGCUGAUACCGUCGGAAGCCAUUGCACACGUGGAGUAAUAAAUGUGUAUUUUUAACACUGCCAA